GAGAGAGGGAGGGAGAGAGUGAGUGAGUGAGUGAGUGAGUGGGGGGGGGGUUCAAAACUGGUGCGCUUAAAGGAAUACGUGUGAGCGGUUAAACCAGAACGUAGCCUGGACUGACAGGAUUCCAGCUGGGAGCGAGCCGAAGCGUCGUUAUUCCUCCUCAGUCAAAGGUGCUGAUAUGUGUACAAGAUGAGUGGACUGGGGGAUAACUCCUUGGAGCCACUGUGCUCCGAUCGAAAACGCAAACUCUCCUCCUGUGAAGCACCUGGCUUAGGGUGUGACAAGAGACGGCGAGAGCAGGAGAGCAAGUACAUCGAGGAACUGGCCGAGCUGAUCUCAGCCAACCUGAGCGACAUGGACAACUUUAAUGUCAAGCCAGACAAAUGUGCCAUUCUGAAGGAGACCGUCCGGCAGAUCAGACAAAUAAAGGAGCAGGGGAAGGCAUCCUGUGAUGAUGAUGUUCAGAAGGCGGAUGUGUCCUCCACAGGCCAGGGGGUCAUUGACAAGGACCAUCUGGGGCCGCUUCUACUGCAGGCCCUGGAUGGCUUCCUGUUCGUGGUCAGCCGGGAGGGCAACAUCGUGUUCGUGUCGGACAACGUUACCCAGUACCUGCAGUAUAAGCAGGAGGAGCUGGUCAACACCAGCGUGUACGCCAUCCUUCACGAGGAGGACCGUGAGGAGUUCCACAAGAACCUGCCUAAGUCCAACAUGAGCAGUGUGUCCUGGGGUGGUGAGGCUCCCCGGCAGAAAAGCCACACCUUCAACUGCCGCAUGCUGGUGAAGUUCUGCCACAACCCUGCUGAGGAAGGAGCUGUCAACCCCCGAUAUGAGACCAUGCAGUGCUUCGCACUAACCCAGCCAAAGGCCAUGAUGGAGGAGGGCGAUGACCUCCAGUCGUGUAUGAUCUGUGUGGCUCGGCGAAUGACUGCUGUAGAGAGGACAGAGGUCUUCAACACCAGACAUGAGCUUUCGGGCAAGCUGAUCCAGAUCGACCAGACCUCCCUCCGUGUGUCCAUGCGGCCAGGCUGGGAGGACCUCCUGCGUAGGUGUAUUCAGAUGUUUAUACAGCACAGUGAAGGACAGCCCUGGUCUCAUAAGCGCCACUAUCAUGAAGCCUUUCUGCAGGGGCACGCCGAGACCCCCCUGUAUCGCUUCUCGCUAUCCGACGGCACCCCAGUCACAGCACAGACCAAGAGCAAACUGUACCGCCACCCCAUGACCAACGAGCCACAGGGCUUCUUGUCCACACACUUACUGCAGAGGGAGCAGAAUGGAUACCGUAGCAGCCAGGGUGGCAUGAGACCACAGGGCAUGGGGAAUGUAAACUCUAGCACCCAAAUGAACAUGCCGCCUGGUGGUGUGAUGGGUAUGAGCAGGGGCUACGGCAUGAAUGAACAGGCCCAAAUGGGGCAGAUGGGCGGCCACAUGUAUGGCGGUGCCAACCGGAUGAUGAACCAAAUCAAGAUGAAUCAAAUGAACCACCCAGGUCCUGGUAUGCAGCAACAGCAGCCCCCAUACCAGGGUGGGGGCUAUGGAAUGGGCAUGAACGGCUCUUCUCAAGGCAGCCCAAGCAUGAACAUAUCCCAGCAAAAUCUUAUGAUGUCCCCCAGGACUCGAGGGAGCCCCAAAAUGGGUGCCAGCCAGUUUUCUCCUGGAGGUAUGCAUUCUCCUAUGGGGCCAAGCAGUGCUGGGACUGCAGGGGGAGCUGGUGGUGCUGGAGGGAACAGCUCCUUCUCCAGCAGCUCCCUUAAUGCACUGCAGGCCAUAAGUGAAGGAGUUGGCAAUCCCCUGUCCUCCACUCUGGCCUCACCAGCCCACAAACCAGACAACCCUCAAAGCAUCAACUCGUCGCAGCCGCAACCUCCACAAAUGAUGGCGUGUAAGAGCAGCCGCGGGGGCUCCGGCAGCCCGGCAGGCGUGUUCAGUGGGGUAGGAGAUCAGCACAAUAUCCCACACUUGCUCCAUCAACACCACAUUCAGACAGGCGACAGUAGUUUAGAGCGGCUGGACAGUCAGGCUGGGCCGCAUGCCGCUAAGGAGGGCGGAGAGCCUAGUGCCGUUGGCACUGAGCAGCACCGGCAGGUUCCCGAUGGCAAGGGCCACAAGAAGCUGCUGCAGCUUCUUACCUCCCCAACCGAGGAGCUCAGCCUGAGUGUGUCUGGCAGUCACCCCAAUCUGUCACAUGGUGCGACCACACCCCCUGGAAUAGACCCUAAAGAGCCCACUGGCUGUGUCACCAGCCCUUCGUCAACAAGUGUCUCCUCUUCCUCUGGAGCUGCGGGGCAGGCAUCUAGUGGCGUGUCCUCACUGGCUGCUGCCCAUUACACUGCCUCGCUGCAGGAAAAACACAAGAUCCUUCAUAAACUGCUGCAGAACGGCAACACUCCAGAUGAGGUAGCCAAGAUAACUGCAGAGGCUACGGGGAAGGCAUUGACCGGCCAGGAGCCUGGGAUGGUGGAGCUCGCUGGCAGUGCAGGGCCCCCUCCAACUGGGACAGUCGAUAUGAAACAUGAGCAGCGGAGCCCCAAGAAAGAGAAGAACCAUGCCCUGCUGCACUACCUCCUCAACAAAGAUGAAUCCAAAGAGCCUGUUGACAUCAAACCAAAGCUGGAAGAGGUGGAGGGUAAGAAUGGGCAGGGGACCUGCAGCAGCUCUGGAAUCAUGACCUCCACCUCAGAAAAUAUAAGCAAGAUCAAGAUUGAGCCACCUGAUGAGCUGGAAGCCAUCAUUGGAGGUUUGAAGAACUCUGGCACAAGUUUUUACCCAGAAUCUGCAGCUGGAGGAGGAAAUGAUGGCAGGAACAAGCAGCAGAGCUGCCCUGAUGACAGCGGGAAGGGUGUCAGGAGUCCAGGCAUGGCAUCUGUAUCUCGUGCGCCCUUCCAAAGGGCUGUGUCUGUGGAUGGAAAGCCGGCCUCUGGGGUGGCAGCAGCGGGACGACGCAGCGCCCCCUGCAGCAUGCUUGUCAAGCAGGAGAGCAUGGAGGGUCAGCGGAUGAUGGGAACAUCAGACAACUUUUCAGGAAACAUGGGAGUAAUGAACAGGGGGAUGGGCUUUUCCCAGCGCUCACCAGUGGGAGGCUCAGGGGAAUGGGGAAUGCUGAAUUCCGGCACCAGUCCUGCAGGAUCAGCCGUGCACCCUUCCAUGAUUCGCCCAGGGAUGGAUUACAAUAACAAGAACAUGAUGGGAGAUCACUUGGUCAACCGCUCCAACAGUGUCCCAGGCAGCAGACCGAUGGUGCAGCAGCAACUGCUGGAAAUGGGACCAAAUGACAUGCACAUGGGUAUGAGUCCUUUCAAUCAGCAGGCGCCGCCCAAUCAGUCCCCGUCCUGGCCAGACAACGUGAUGGGAAUGGACAACCAAAACAGGCGCCAUAAUGGGAGUUCCCUGGAUGACCUGCUGGCUCCACCUUCCACCAGCGAGGGGCAGAAUGAUGAACGAGCCCUUCUGGACCAGCUGGACUCCUUGCUUAAUAACACUGACGUGAAUUCGCUGGAGGAGAUUGAUCGAGCGCUGGGCAUUCCAGAUCUUGUCAGCCAGGGUCAAGGUGGAGAGCAGGCCUCAGAGGCCUUCCCCGGACAGGACCCCUCCAUGAUCAUGGACCAGAAGCCCAUGCUGAACCAGGGCUACCCCGGAGCCCCUGGCAUGUCUAUGCAGUCUCCCUACAAUGCCAUGCAAGGCCAACCGGCCGGCUUCAACCCGAUGAUGAGCCAGGUGGGACAGCAGGGGGGUUUCUCCAUGCCUGGCAUGCACCCCCGCAGCAGCUUGAUCAGGCCCCGCAUGAUGACUGCCACCAAGCCCCUGCGGCUGCAACUACAGCAGAGGCUGCAAGGCCAGCAGUUUAUGAACCAGAAUCGCAUGGGGAUGAAGAUGGAGCCCCCAGCAGGUGGGAACCCUGCACUUCGCCCCGGGAUGCAGCCACAGCCCGGCACGCAGCCUGGUGGACAGGCUGGGUUCCUGAAUGCUCAGAUGUUGGCACAGAGGAACAGGGAGCUCAUAAACCUGCAGCUACAACGACAGAGGAUGAUGAUGCUAAUGCAGCAACAACAACAGCAGCAGCAGGUCACUGCGCCCAGUGGAGGGUUUAGUCCCCCUCCCAAUGUUACCGCCCCUAGAGGCAUGGACAAUCCAAUGGCUGCCCCCCCCAUGAACCAGCCAGCGCAGCAACAGUUUGCCUAUGGGGGGAACUAUGGGAUGGUCCAGCAGGGGGACCCUUCAUUUGUGAGUUCGGGCAAUAGUCCACCCAAUUCCAUGAUGCCCAGUCGUCUAGGUCUUCCUCAAAAUCCCAUGAUGCAGCAGCACCCCCAGGGUGGUCAGAUGUACCAAACGACAGAUAUGAAAGGCUGGUCACAGGGAGGCAUGCCUCGCAACAGCUCAUACCCCCAGCAGCAAUUUAGCCAGCAGGGAAAUCCUGGCUCAUACGGGGGCAUGAUGAUGAAUGGAUCCAUGCCAGUCAAUGGCAGUGGGGGUCAUAUGGGACAGAUGCAGGGCCAGAUGAUGGCAGGGCAGAUGAACACCAUGGGCAUGGGACGGAUGCCUAUGGGGCCUGAGCAGCAGAAGUAUUGCUGAACCUGAAGCAGAGCGGUGUGAUGGAAUGGAGACUCACUGUGACCCCUGUAGUCUGCUGAACUGUGCCCAUUCCAGUGAACUGAGCUACUGUCUCUCUAUAUCCAGACCCCCUGUGGAUAGGCCCAGAGGAUCCAUGUCAUUCUGGGGUGUGGGGGGGGGCAUGUAACCACACAAUUGUAAAUGCAAAAGAUUGUGACAAACGCCUGGGUGUACAAUUUAUAUCUUCAACAUUCAAAAUCUAUUUAUCUAGUUUGUGGCGCUCCUGUCCCUCAGUUGUGCAUCUUCCUGCUGGAGGUAACUUGAUACACUGGACCGAGAAAUGUUGGUCAUGUUUCCUAUAAGAUGUAGAAUGUAGGUUGUACAGUAUUUCUCCUUCAUUUUGGGAUACUCUUUGCUUUCGUAUACAUUGGGUUAAGGUACUACGCAGACCUGUUUAGUUGUGAUUGCACUUUACAGAAAGCUAAAAAGAUUGUUGCAAUAUUUCUUGGAAAUUGUGUAGCCUUGUUCAAGAAUUAAUGCACACGGCAAACUUUCUUUUUUAAAUGGGCCUAUUCUAACCCAAAAAAAAUACGGAUAGGGGAAAGACAUGAUUUAAUAUGCAGAUUUAAGCAAUAACCUCUAUGCUUCAAGAUGAAGCUGGAACAGCACCACCAACUCAAUGUCAAGGUACUGCAGUAUUAAAUCUUGAGGUCACAUUUUGGAAUUUGUGAAUAGGAAUUGUAAAUAUGCUUUAUGUAUCAUAUGCUUUUGUAGGUGUUUUGCACAGAAUGUAAGGCUUAAUAUUUAAAAUAUAAUUUUCAUAUUGUGACUUGUAGGUCAAUACAGCUUUUAUUUUCAAUGAAAAAGAGGAUCCUCUUAUCUGCUUAUAUUUGAAUACAUUUUAAAAGCUACAAUGGUCUCUCUCUUCCUCCUUUAAGGCACUUUUCUUGAUGACAAAACCAUUAUUUUCUAGGAGGACAGAAAACUAGCUUGUAAUUAAUUAAAAGAUUUUAAUAAAGAUUUUAUAAUUUCCUCAGCCUUACAAAGAAACAUGCAUGAUGUUUACCCAACCUGAAAACCUAAUGAUGUCCUUCAAUUUUAAUUGAACUUAAGAUGAGGAUUCUGUAAGCUUUGGCAGUACUUUGCUCCCACGUUUACAAAGCGCAUUUGUUCCAUUUCAGGAAUUCUUUUCCACCAAUAGCUGUCCGAGAUAUAUUGUGACCAUGACAACCAGUUGUCAAUAGAAAGUAGUGGUGCUGUAGUGUUAAGUUUAUUUAAACGUAAGGCCUGUUAUACUUGUAGCCACACAUUCUCUGCGAAGCAUAGCUUGCGUGGACUGCGUGAGUUCUUUAGAUGGAAGAGGGCGAUGACCUCCUUUAACUCCUCUAUGGUGCUGAAACAUCCCAGGAAGUAAUGACAUGGGUAACAAAGGCUACUUGGUAAAAUGAGGGAUAUUUUAUAUAUUUAAUUAUUCUUUAUUAUGGCCGCCAUGGGUCAGGUAAUGUUUCUUUUCACUCAUUUAUUUACUCUUGAAUAAUGUUCAAGAAUCGUACCUUUAUAAGAUAUGCGAAGUCCAAAGAUUUUUGUUUCAAUGCUUUGAGGUUUCUGAUAUUGGUGGUGAAUGAGUAUUUGUCUGUGCGCAUAUAUUUAUGCACACAUGCGAAUACGUAUCUAUAUAUUAUAAUUGUAUAUUGUAUCAUACACAACACAAAAUAAAUGUUUCCAGCUCUGCAGCAGUAAUUUUUAUUUUAUGCUUCUUAAUGUAUGGCCAGUGGACUUCUUGCAGUUUUGCAGGGGGUCUUGAAGACCCUAAAGCUUGGAACAUUUGUAUAUAAACUAUUGCAGAUAUAUUACAACUACCACUGGGAAAUGUGUAAUCGGUGUACCGUGUUAUACUGAAACAGACAUUUUUAGCAAACACCACCUGUCUCUUCUUCCCAUGAGGUAAUUUUAGUGACUAUCUGUUAAAAUGAGUCUUUCUUCCAGAAUGCUACUUUUUUGUUCUUCCUGUUUGUUUAGAUACAGUUUUAAAAUGGCAAAUCGAGAAAUUUUAAUUGGACAUUUGUGCUAUACUGUUACUCUUAUGUUGUAUUCUGAGGCUGAAUGGCCUGUCACCACCUACCCACCUUUACUGUGUACUUUUUCGAAUGAAGAAUAGAAACAAAUUAAAUUUAUGCAGUCAAUUUCAGAA